UUCCUCUUCCGCUAUCAACUUAACUGUCACUAUCAUGGGCCUUGGUGGCACUUCAGCUCCUCCGAGUCCGAGUCUGUCUCCAACACUUCAUCCUUCAGUGGAUGGUGGUCGUUCCGUCGCUCGCAGACGAGCCAGCUGGGCAAAGUUAGAUGCAGGGCAGGAUCCCUUAUGCCCGAAUCUCUCAGUAACUAUGGAGGUGGGUCCUUCAAGAAUAUCGCCCCGGCCAUUUACUGCAGACGAGGACCUGGUUUAUUUUCCAGACAAUGGAUUCUUUGCAAAUGCAUUAGCUUACAAUGGGAGUUCGAUUUACAAUGAAUUACCCUACACUGCUGCACAAGCUGAUCCAUCCUCCGCCUCGUUAAUUUCGACUCUGGAGUCUGACCUUGACUCAUCCAAGGACAGAGACAAUGUCCAUCUCACUGGCACCAACUCUCAAUUGACUCUGAGUGCAUGGGAGGUGCUGCAGGCCCCACCAGGCGGAGGACGCUGCGUUACAGUUCCUCACCUUCCCCUCUCAAACGAAUGGGCUAAAAGCCACUCCUUAUUUACAAUCGGAUGGUACAUCAGGCUCUGCAGUCAAGGGUUAUAUCUGCCCUUUGGAGCGGGUUUGUCAGUUUCGUCACUUGGAGUUUCUUCGACAGAUGACGAUAUCAUAAUUUCGGAUCAGGAGGGAGACAAUCCAAACAGUGGCAUCCAGAGCUUCGACAAUAUUUAUUAUGCUGUGCUUCAAGUUGUCGUCGUGACUUCAGCCAAUGGAUGGUCCCCAAUCAUGUACUCGAUCAUCGACACCGAAUUUUUUGUCUCCUGCUUCUAUUUCAUUGUCUGCAUCCUCGUGUUGAACAUCUGGCUUAUUAAUCUAUUUGUUGCUGUGAUAACGAACUCGUUCUCUGCCAUACGUACAGAUACGCAGAAGAGUGCCUUUGGACUUGUCGUCGAAGAGCAAGAAGAGGAGCAACUCGCUCAAGGAAUUCUACAUCCAUACGUGCUGGUGUUGGGUGUUUCUGGCUCUCGUGUCGCUCAUGGUACAAGUGCUUAUCAACCUCCUUGCCAUGUUGGUCUGUGUGGAGCCCAUUCGCGGCACGGUGAUAUGAAUGGUAGGGUACGGACGAAAAGUUGGUUGUUAAUAACACUGCUAAAAAAGUCUGUCGACCCCCAUGGUCCUGGUGGGUCGCAUUCUAAUCUUCCGCUGUUCCUCACAGAUCACUUGCGUAAACAGCUCAAAGAUGGACCAGCCGACUGCUAUCUUGCAGCUUUAUGCUUAGAUCCACGUUAUGUUCGUGGUGCAAUCCUGCAUAAUCCGCUCUCUCUCAAAAUCAAGAUCCCUCACAUUCUUUCAACAGCUGUGCCCGAUAUCCUCACAUCGCCAACUUACGUCCGAGUUCUCAAGUACCUCGAGAUUGUGAUUGAAGCCGAGUUCAAGUCCCAACACAACCCUGCUCUCAAAGAAAAAACAGCUGCCGACAUUCAUGAAGCUUUCAUGCGCCAGUUUGAGUGCUAUUGUAUUGCAGAAAAACUGUAUUCAAUCAAGCCCUCAUCUGUGACCGAGGAACCUCAGAUUCGACAAUGGCAUAUGUAUGAUGCAAAGACAUCUCAUUCGGCGAUCUCGACUCCAUUAUUUCCUCACCCAAAGAAUCAGCCAUUUAUCAACAGCUUUGGUAGCGCUCAAGACGAUUCUGCAGAGGACCUAGAAGGCAUGGACACCGAGUGGAGCGAAAUUUGGUAG